CACAGGCAGGAGCUCCACAUUUGCACGCUUUGAAGCUGCAAACAUUCCAGGAGUUUCCUGUAACAAAGGGAGAGAGAGAGAGACAGAGAGAGAGGGGCUCUAAUGUGAACCAGAGGGAGCUGGUGUUAGUGAGGUUUCGUCCGUCUGCCUGCCUGCUCUACCCUGAUGAGUCCACGAUCACCGUGCGGCUUCAGCCUCUCAGCGUACCUCAUCGUUUGAUUGACAGCGCAAUUACACCUGCAAGGAUGCCUGGGGCGUGUGUGUUCGUGGCUUUUUUGGCAUUUCUGGGUGGAUACAGCAUGGUGGUGCUGGGAGAUUCAGUGGAUGCUAGAUUGUUCGACUGGAUGUCUGGUUCCUCGGCAUCUCCUGUACCGCUGCUAACGAACCCUAAACCUGCUCGGGAGAAGAGGGACGCAUCAGCCCUGGCCCCCGGGCUAGACUUUUUGUCGGAGUUUGCCGGAAAGUUCCGCCUGUGGGUGAUGUCGGCCCCCUCACACACGGACAACUACCUGCUCAUGAUGCAGAAGCAGAUCCAGGACAUGGAGGCCCAGGGGCUGAACUGCCGCCUGGCCGAGAGGGACACCCUGGUGGUCACCAUCGUCCAGAACGCCAUGAUGGAGGGCAAGAUACGCCGCAGCUCCUGGGAAGGCCACAGCAAAGAGGAGAGCCUGGACUCCGACAUGGUGACCAAGCUCCUCCACUAUCUGCAGAUAGAGGAGCCCAGCUUCUCCAUGCUGGUGCUCAAGAAGAACCUGAAGGUGGGCGAGCGGUUCCCCUACGCCGUGCGCGUGGACGCCGUCCUGGAGGUGAUAGACCAGUUUCCCGCCAGGAAGUUGGAGAUGAAGACCCGGAAGGGUGCCCCGGGGAAAUGCAAGGUCAUCAAGAAGAGGCUGGUGAAGAAGCCUGGAGCUGGAGCUGGAGCUGGAGCUGGACCCGGCCAGGGCCCUCAGAGAAGGGUAUUCAGCCCCCAGAGGAUGGGGGGUGUCACGACGGUGGGAGCUGGUCCACGAAGGCAGGUGGACAAAAAAGAGGCUGUGAGGAGUAGAGUGCAGGAUAUUCUUAGCGGCCGCUCCAGAUUUGUCAUCAAGAAAACCACCACGACCGACGGCGGCAUCACCGCUGCAAAACCAGGCAAUGGGCCCGAUGGGACGCCAAAUGCAGCUAAAGAUAACCAGAGAGGAACUGGGAACAGCAGCGAAAAGCGAAAAGGCGGUAAGCACAAAUCAACCACAGGCGUAGAGGAAGCGAAAAGUCUGGAUGGCGGCAGUGACAACAACAACAACAACAAAAAAGCACAGGAGAAAACAAACGAGGAGUCCAAAUCCAAAAAGAAAGAAAAGAAAGGAAAGAAAGACAGGAAGGGAAAGAAGAAGGGAAAGAGGGGAGGGAUGACAUCAUCAGAACAAGAUGCACAUGAUAAAAAACAAGGACUCCUCAAAGAUUUCCUACACAAUUUUCAAGGAAAACGGAGACUGAUGAUUGUUUCAGCAGCCAGGGACACAGAGUCUCGCUACGUGAAACAGAACAAGCACAACGAGCAGUUUCAGUGUGACCUCGCUCUGAGAAAGGUCUCCAUGCUGUCCAUACUUGGUUCCGAUCACAACGCCCGACUACGCCUCCAACACUAUCAGUUGGACUCAGAGACACCAUUAGAAGCUCAGUCUGACAGGACUGCAGAUGCUGAUUUGAUUACAGAGAUGCUGAAGGAGUAUGGCCUCACUACAAAAGAUUUUUCGGUGGUGGUCACAGACCUUGAUUUGAAACCUAAGAGGACAUUUAAGAACCCAUCUGCUGCAGUGGACCUGAGCACACUCAUAGAUACCUUCACCUCCAGACAAGCUGAGAAGGAGCGGGAGAAAGCAGGCCCUUCUGUUUGUGGUGCCAACGCAGCCCAGAAUUCUCUUCUUAGAUUCAUGUCCAAGCGAAGGCUCUUGAUCAUCUCGGCUCCAUCUGAAGAUGACUAUUCCUUCCAGCAGCAGCUCCAGGCACUAAGGGGACAGGAAUGUCACAUGGGUAUCCGCCACUUUGCACUGCUGAAAUUAUUUGGGUCAGGACGAACAGCUUCAGGAAACGUAGAGCUGUUCCCACUGAAUGGAAAGAGUCAGACAGAGAAAGAACCGCUAUCUCAAGAUGUGGUCAACGGCCUCCGCGACCAGCUGAAACUAAGCAAGGACUACUUCAGCAUGGUGGUGGUGGGCAAGGACAGCGACGUGAAAGCCUGGUUCCCCUCGCCCAUGUGGUCGCUGGCCAACGUCUACGACCUGGUGGACUCCAUGGAGCUCCGGCAGCAGGAGGAGAGGCUCCAGAGGACCCUGGGGAUCCACUGCCCCGAGGGGGGCGGAGGGGGCGGGGACGAGAGCUACGACACGGGGGGCGAGGACGGGUACCUCUACCACCGACCGGAGGCGUGAGAAGGAGGAGGGAGAAGAUGGAGAUUUGGAGGACCCCCGUUGACUGAAUUAACCCUUUGAGGAGCAGUGAUGGGCAGCCUGGAUUCAGAAGCUAACAGUCUAGUGCCACAUAUUCCAGAUGACCUGGUUUACUUGUCUGAAUGCCUUAAAUGGACAGGUAAAAUCAGGUCAGUUGGACUAUACGGCACUGGACUGUAUACCUUCUGAAUCCAGGUUGCCCAUCACUGUUGAGAAGUACCAUCACAUCUACACAAUAUGAUUAAAAUUGUACCACAUUUUAUAGUUCUCUUUUGAGAGAUUUCUUAACACAGAGUUCUAUGGGAGCUGUAGAAUAUUCAAGUGAACUUCUAUUAGAACUGGCAAAAAAAGCCUUACUCCACAAAGUCAAGAGGAUGUAAUAUGAAAUACCGAGAAAUUGUAUUGGAUGAUAAGAGUGCAUUCAAUUUACAUACAGUAGCGUAGGAUGCCAAAACAUCCCCAUUUCCUGGAAACUGGCCACUCAUUGGUGCAUAUCCAGUCACAACACGUAGCCUAUAAGCCAGCUAUGAUGCCACCACCUUUUGUGGAUCACGAUGUUGUCAUUCCUUUAUCAAUAAUUCUAAUGCUUACAGUGAUAAUGUAAUGAUACAGAUUUCUGAAAUGGAGAUGCCACCAGUUUGUUUUGCUCUGUUUCGUUCUGUCUUUACCAGAAUUAACUAUGUGAAAAGCAGUUGAAACGGCAAGCAGGUUUUGCAACAAUAUAAUCAACUGCGUCCAAUAACCCACCAGUACACUGGCCGCAUCUAAAGAAACUA